AUGCACAGCACACCACCUCCUCUGUACAAGCUGGUGAAGAACAGCCUGCUGAAGAGUCAGACAAUAGCCAGCACUGCUCUGCAUGAUCUGCCCCCACACAUCUACCACGACUUGUUCAUGGAUGCCUUCAUGGGUGAACACAAUGAGUUCUUGAAGGUGAUGGUGCAGGCCUGGCCAUUCCCCUCCCUCCCCUUGAGAGCCCUAGUGGAUCUGAGGAAAUCCAAGGACGCACACACUCAGUAUGGAGUAAUCCUACCACAACAGAGAAACCUACGGACUCUAAAAGCCAUACUGCAUGGAAUUGAUACGAAGUUGUCUCAGAAGGUUCAGGACAGCAGGUGGAAACUUCAGGUGCUGGACUGGAGGAAUGUACACCAGGACUUCUGGACUGUGACCAUCUAUUCCUCGGCUGCCUUCGAUGUCCUCAAGAUUCUUCGGUCUGUGGAGUUGGACUCAAUCCAUGAGCUGGACGUGUUGAGUGACUGGAGUCCAAAUACCAUGACAGCAUUUGCUCAUAAGCUCAAGAAGAUGAAAAACCUUCACACAUUUCAGUUCAGCACUCUGAGUGCAGGAGUUUCCCUGUCAUUAUCUGAAAAAAAGUGGUAUUCCCGUAUCUAUGCGAACCAUUUAAGACAGCUGCACAGUCUCCGGGAGCUUCACCUAGAUAAAGUCCACUUUCUGCGUGGAAAUCUGCAUAAGAUCUUGGGGAUGAUUUCAAUGAAAUCGUUCAAUUUUGAGACCAUCCAGGUUCUGCUAGAUAAACUCGCCAACACGCUAGAGAACUUGGCGUUAGAGCACUGUGACAUCACAGACUCCCAGAUACUGGCCAUCUUGCCUGCGCUUAGCAACUGCUCCCACCUCAAGACUUUCAGUUGCUAUGGGAACCCCUUAUCCCUGGGCAUCCUUCAGGUCCUGCUGUGCCGAAUUGCUGGACUGAGUCAUUUAAAUGAGUGUCUGUAUCCUGCACCCCUGGAGAGCUAUGAACACAAUAUCCCGACAGAGUCCUUGCACCCUCAGAGAUUUUCCCAGGUCUGUGCUGCGCUCAUAGAGAUCUUGAAGGAUAUAAGACCAUCUCUUAGGAUCAAGAUCUACACCUACUUCUGGGAUUUGUGCAUAAUAUAUAGGCUCCAAAGACUUGAGUCAAAUGGGAACUGGGAAGUCACAGAAGAGCAACGCUACUGA